CUGGCUGUGAUUGGUCGAUACGAAAACGUCUGCAUGACGACACGAAUUUUGGCGUUUUCCUUUCCAAGCACAACUCAUGACACAUUAGGCCGGUUAUGGACAAAGUUAUUUGUGAUGUCCACGGUUGCGUGUGUAUGCUAAAGACAGGGGUUAAAGAUGGCCCUUCCAAAGGCAAAAGUUUCUACGUGUGUGUGGACAAGCGUGGCUGUGACUUCAGCAAAGCGACCAGCAUCUCUCCCUCCCACUGCCUCCAGCAUGAGGAUUCCAUGGUCGAGCUCCAAGCCUUGACUUCCAACCAGCAGCAACAGUGCAACAGGUUGUACUACAGGUGCGUCGUGGGUAAAAAAGCAGGGUAUCAAUGGUGUGGAAAUGUGCCCUGGAGAGUGCCAGAGAAGGAAGAGAAAAAGCAUGAAAAAAGGGCACAAAGCUCCUGCCUACCGCCAGUGCGAAACCCCUUCAAGGCUCCGGAGAAAGUGGACAAAGAAUCAGGGUGGAGAAAGAUCCACGGAGAGAGUGGGGGGAAGGACAACAUGGAAAAGAAACAUAAAAGUCAAGAAGAAAAAGAAAAUGAGGGGGAAGGUCAGACCCAGAUAGCUGACAGAAACAGAGGUAAACAUCUUCCAGCAGGUAUGAAGUUGAAGAAGAAAUCUGUGGAUAAAACACUUCAUCCCAACACGUCUAUAUCCAAAAGCGACACGGCCACCUCUGACGUCACCCCAUGUGUGGCCAAAAGUGACAAGGCCUCCUUUGACGCUUCUGUUGAAACAGCGAGUGUCUGCCCCUCUACGCUCAAGGAUGGCAUAACAACCUCCAUGCCCCAAAACGCCACGGCCACCAUCGACGGCUCUGUGUCUGACCCCAAAACCGACCCGCCCACCUCCACUGUUUCCAUGUCUGUGCCAGAAAGCACAAUAGUCACCCCCAGAGGUCCUAUAGUAACCGAGCGGGUCUCCGCAUCGGCGAACAAAAGCAACAUGCCCCCUUCCAAACGUUCUGAACCAAUGGCAUUUGCCUCCAGAGGUUCUGACGACAACGCGCAGUGGAGAAACCCUCAAAGCAAACAGUACCACGAUGAUGAAGACGAUGACGUAGUGCUGGUGUCGGUGAAGCCCCCUCAAAAGACGCCCCAUGCACCUACCACUACCAUCCAGAAGCCCCUGACCGCCUACCCUGGCUUUCAGCCUGCCUCCAAUCUGAAAGGUCCACCGAAGGACCCUCAGGCGAUGCACAGGAUGCUGUCUCUUCAGCUCCAUCAGAAAAAGGCCACCCUUUCGGUGGUGAAUGUGGAAGCGUUGCCUGACAAAGGCGAGCGUUUGAGGACUCAGGUCCGGGAGCUGGAGGUGGCGCUGGAGAACCUCAACCUCGCUCCCGCAGACGAGACUCCAUCCACCAGCCAAGUUGUUAAGCCUUUAAGCCGCCCGGGGGGCACCAUCCUUAUCCCAGCUCCCCCCGCCCCAGACUCCUACCUUCAACAUAGCCAGGGAUUCUCCCAGAUGUAUGGAGGGCACCAGGCUUUCUAUGGCGGCCGCAUGACAGAUGACCGUCUGCUGGCGGUGAAGAACGCCACGUGCGAGGCCAUCGAUCACCUGCACACAUCGCUGGAGUCGUGCCCGUCUGCCGACACCGAGGCAUUGGAUCCCAAAGGGCUCAAGGUGUCGCUGUUGGCCCACCAGAGAAGGGCUCUGGCCUGGCUGCUCUGGAGGGAAGCCCAGAAACCAUGCGGUGGCAUUUUGGCGGAUGACAUGGGUCUGGGUAAAACGCUCACCAUGAUUGCGCUCAUACUGACCCAGAAGAUCAAUGCAAAGCUGAAGGCUAAAGAGGAGGGCCAGACAAAAGAGGAGGAGGAGGAGAAGAAGAAGGAGGGCUGGCUCUCAAGAGCUGAUUGGCGACCGGUGAAUUCCAGAGGCACCCUGGUUAUCUGCCCGGCCUCACUGGUCCACCACUGGAAGAAGGAGAUCGAGCGACACGUCAAGGUGGCCAGACUCAGUGUUUACCUGUACCAUGGAGCUGACCGCAACAAGAACCCCAGAGUGCUUGCUGAUCACGACGUGGUGGUGACCACAUACAGUUUGGUGUCAAGGGAAUCCUCCAGCCAGAAAGAGGGGAACAAAUCCAAUAAUGAAGCCAACAAUGUGCCAGCAGUGAAGGGGGUAGGCCCCCUCCUGCGUGUGACGUGGGGCCGGGUGAUCUUGGAUGAGGCGCACAACAUCAAGAACCCCAAGGUGCAGCAGUCUAUGGCCGUGUGCGAGCUGAGGUCAGCUGCCCGCUGGGCCAUGACCGGCACGCCCAUCCAGAACAACCUGCUGGACAUGUACUCCCUCCUCAAGUUUCUGCGUUGCUCUCCAUUCGACGAGUACAAAGUAUGGAAGGCACAGGUGGACAACGGCUCCAAGCGUGGCAGGGAGCGACUCAACAUCCUGACCAGGACUCUCCUGUUGCGACGCACCAAAGACCAGCAGGAUUCGUCGGGAAGACCGUUGGUGGCGCUUCCCAACCGUACCUGCAAGAUGCAUCAACUUAAAUUGUCUGAGGAUGAGCAAGCAGUCUACGAUGUGGUCUUCGCCCAAUCCAGAUCUACCCUGCAGAACUACUUAAAGAAACAUGAAGAGAACGAUAUUAAGCGAGGAAGUGACUCUGCUUCCAAUACCUUCAAGCGGGCUUCCCAAGAAUUUGGCUUGUCCCAGUCAGACCCGCCAGUCUCAUCUGGCCAGCAACCUCAGCAGGCCCCCAGUACCGCCCACAUCCUGUCACUGCUGCUGCGCCUGCGACAGUGCUGUUGCCACCUAUCGCUGCUCCAAAAGACUCUGGACUCCUCUGAGCUCCAAGGCGAUGCCGUGGUCCUGUCCCUGGAGGAGCAGCUCAAUGCUCUGUCGCUCACAUCAGGACGCUCAACAUUGGAUCCUGCCGAGGAAAUGGUGGGGUUGAACGGGAUGACUUUCCCAUUGCGACUGUUUGAGGAGGGCAGCAGGAGUACCAAGAUUUCUGCCAUUGUCUCUGAGCUGGAGGCAAUCCGAGCAAAGGGCGACAACCAGAAAAGUGUGAUUGUGUCCCAGUGGACUAGUCUGCUCCACAUCGUGGCCAUCCACCUGCGGCAGAUGGGCCUGCGCUACAGCAUCAUCGAUGGGACCGUCAACCCCAAGCGCCGCAUGGACCUAGUGGAGGAAUUCAACACCAACCCUAAAGAACCACAGGUUAUGCUGGUGUCUCUCUGCGCUGGUGGUGUUGGCCUUAACCUCGUGGGCGGGAAUCACCUCUUCCUCAUGGACAUGCACUGGAACCCGGCCUUGGAGGACCAAGCUUGCGACCGAAUCUACCGAGUGGGACAGCGGAGGGAUGUCAUCAUCCACAGGUUCGAGUGCGAGGGCACGGUGGAGCAGAAGAUCUCCACGCUGCAGGCGAAGAAGAAGCAGCUGGCCCAGAGUGUGUUGUCGGGAUCAGAAAGUGCCGUCGCCAAGCUCUCUCUGAUCGACCUCAAGAUCAUUUUUGGCGUUUGAAGUGUAAAGAAAUGCAAUUUAUUUGUUUUUUUUUUUUUUGUUUUUUUUUCUUUUAUGUUAAACAUCCGUUUUUCACAACUUGUAUUGAGCCAAGCGACAUACAAUGGAGUUCCAAGUGAAGUCCCCCGUCGUUUUCAAGUUAGUUGAAUAUCGCUUGGUCAUAUUGUUUGUUAGUGUGUACAUGUAUCUUCAGAGAAAAAAAAAUAUGGAUGAGCUUCAGAUAUGACGCCUCUUAAGGAACGUAACAAGUGCUUGAUGCAGUUUCAGCAUUAUAUUGAAUAAGACAAACAGUCAAAUGCAUGCAGUGAAAACUCCCCAAGCAGCGUGGCGCCGACACUUGCACCCACAAACUGGGCCUACUCCAAACUCUUGAUGUAAUUCUCCAGGUUGCCCCACUUCAAUGCGGUGACAUUUUGUUUAAUUACACUUUAUUAAACGUUGAUUUUGUAUUGAA